ACUUGGGUCUGUGGUGCUGGGAAACAGGUUGGAACAUUGCUAUGGCACCUGAAGUAAAAAUGGAGGCCCCCAUCUGUCUGGUGGAAAACAUCAAUGAAGAGAUGACAGUGAACAAGGAAGCCAUAGAGAUUCUUGACAAGGUUGCUCAGCCGGUGGUAGUGGUAGCCAUUGUUGGGCUGUACCGUACAGGGAAGUCCUAUUUGAUGAACCGCCUGGCUGGACAGAACCAUGGCUUCCCACUGGGUUCCACUGUUCAGUCUAAAACCAAGGGAGUCUGGAUGUGGUGUGUGCCUCACCCUAUCAAGCCAAAUCACACCCUGGUUCUUCUGGACACUGAGGGUCUGGGCGAUGUGGAAAAGGGUGACCCUAAGAAUGACUCCUGGAUCUUCGCCCUGGCCGUGCUUCUGAGCACCACCUUUGUCUACAACAGCGUGGGCACCAUCAACCACCAGGCCAUGGAGCAACUACAUUAUGUGACAGAGCUCACAGAACUAAUCAAGGCAAAGUCUUCCUCAAAUUUGGAUGGAGUACAAGACUCUACAGAGUUUGUGAGCUUUUUUCCAGACUUCAUCUGGGCUGUACGAGAUUUUACUCUCCAACUAAAGUUGAAUGAUAAUGACAUCUCAGAAGAUGAGUACCUGGAGAAUGCCUUGAGGCUGAUUCCAGGUGAGAAAACAAGUGCACAAAAAUCUAAUCAAACUAGGGAGUGCAUUCGGAAGUUCUUUCCAAGUCGGAAGUGCUUUGUCUUUGAUCGACCAACAAAUGACAAAAGUCUCCUGGCCAACAUUGAGAAUGCCCCAGAAGACCAACUGGAUCCUAAAUUCCUGGAGCAAACAAAGAGUUUCUGUGCUCACAUCUUCAAUCAUGAAAAGAACAAGACUCUCAGAGAGGGAAUUAUGGUCACUGGGAAUCGGCUGGGGUUUCUGGUGGAGAACUAUGUGAAGGCCAUCAACAGUAAGGAGGUGCCCUGCUUGGAGAACGCGGUGACCACUCUGGCCCAGCGUGAGAAUGCAGCAGCCGUGCAGAAAGCAGCCACCCACUACAGCGAGCAGAUGGCCCAGCGAGUGCGGCUCCCCACAGACACGCUCCAGGAGCUGCUGGAUGUGCACGUGGCCUGCGAGAAGGAGGCCAUCACACUCUUCAUGGAGCACUCCUUCAAGGAUGAAGAUGGGAAAUUCCUGAAGGAGCUGGUGAAAACAAUAAAGGAUAAGAAGGAGGAUUUCUUGCUGAAGAAUGAAAAUGAAUCUGAUAAAUACUGCCAGAAAGAACUGAAUUCACUUUCAAAAGCAUUAACGGAAAGCAUUUUAGCAGGGGCUUUCCAUGUUCCUGGAGGUUACCAGCUAUACAUGGAAAUGAGAAAAAAGAUGGAAGAGGACUACAGGCAACUGCCCAGGAAAGGAGUGAAGGCAGAAGAGGUGCUCCACAGGUUUCUGAAGUCACAGGUGGCGGUACAGGGAUUCAUCUUGCAGUCAGAUAAAGCUCUCACUGAUAAGGAGAGGAACAUGGCAGUGGAGAAGACCAAGAGGGAGGAAGUUGAGAAGGUUCAGGAAAUUUCAGCAGCAAAAGAACUGGAGGAACAGCAAAAGCAAGCAGCUCUGGAAAAGACUUACAAGGAAAACAUGGAGCAACUGCAAAUGAAACUAAUAUUGGAGAGAGAGAACUUCCUCAGAGAGCAGAAAAUGAUGUUAGAGCAACAAAUGAGGAUUCAAACAGAUUUGUUCAAAGAAGGACUUAAGAAGAAAUCUGAGGCAAUGAAUGAAGAAUUAAAACAUUUGAAGAAUAGGGUUGAAGCUACAGAAAGGGAUACGGAGCCCUUCAUAACACGAGCUUUGAAUCAUGUGGGUACUGGGAUAAGUACAAUAUUGUGUGCACCUGGUAAAGUUCUUGGAAAUGUUGUUAAAUUUAUUGGCAGACUUUUUAAGUGA